GGGCGGGUGGAGAGGAAGAAGGCGGUCGGGAGGCACGAUCCUAGCGUUCCAUCUACACAAGGUGGGCGGCUUGGAGGUCCUCAAUGGUGAAUUGGGGGGGGUCGAGAGAGGCAGUGUUGAAGUCGUCAUUGGAGGCGGGUGGAGUGGUGUCGUAAGGGGUGAUACUAUGAAAGAAAAGGGGGCGGGAUGGAGCGGGCGCGGACUGAUGAUGGGGGUGGAGGAGUCGAUCGUGGUGAAGCAUGCGAGAGAGGAUGUCAGCAAGGGGCAUGUCGGGUUCGUGGGCAGCGGUUGCAAGAUCCUUGUGGCAUACUCGCUUGAUGCGGGAGAUGAACGCAAAGUCGAAAAUGGUGGUAGAGGGAAAGUGAUGGCGGAGGGAGCAGAUGUAUUGGACAAAGUGGUCCGUGGGACCAGUCUGGCGGAGGUGACAAAAUUGUUUGAGGUAGUUAUCGAUGGUUUUCUGGGGGCGGAAGGUGGCAGUGAGAAGGUUGGUCCAUUGGAGGAAGGAGUGACGCGGUCCUCCGGCGGCGCAGUGGUUGCUGACUUCGACCAUCCACCAUUUGGCGGCAUUGCCGAGGAGGCGGGAGGUGGCAAUGGGAAGCCAAUGGACAAGGGGCAUGUGGUGGAGCUUGAAAGAGUUCUGGAGCUGGGUAAGGAAGAGGAAAACGUCCUCGUGGGGAAGGCCGGAGAAGGGCAUGAUGUCGGCGGAUCGGAAGGAACGGGGGAUUUCCCCUUCGUUGGAAACGAUCCGGGCGAGGGUGUUGAAGUUGAGGUUAUCGGGGAUAGUGUCGUAGCAAGUGUAAUCGAAUUGGUUGUUGUCGUCAAGGAGGUAGUUGGGGGGAAGUUGUGGCAUUGCGGGGUAAACCCCGGAGGCGACUUGGGAAUAGGUGGGAAGGGGGUGGGGAUAGUGGAGGUCGUCAUGAUGGGUUGUGAAAUAGUAUGGGAGUGCGGGGGGGGAAGAGGGGUAACGAGGAUGGAGAGGAAGGAUGAGUCGGGGGUGUUCUCCCCGAUGGUUUGUUGGCUAACGAGUUCGCGGUGGAUAUCCGCCACAGAGUCGUCCCGGAGAGAGCUCAUGUUGAGACUUGAAGCACCUUCGGCCAUUGGAGAGGACAAAGGCGAGGUGGCGGAGGAGGAUGGAGCAGUGGAGGUCGCGGCGGCUUUAGCGGCAGCAGCAGCGGCGGUGGCGGCGGCGCGUUGGAAGGUCUUGGUUUGGCGUGGUGGCAUGUGGAGAUGUGGGGGGACAAUUCCUUAUUUAUUCACAGUACAAUAAAUUCGAAAAUAAACUAGGUUACCUGAU